GUACCAUUUAGCGCUCCCUGUCUGCCCCUUUCGCCCUCCAUCGCGGUCUGAAUGCGGUAUGGUUUAUCAAUUUCAUCGGGGAAACAUCUUUGCUCUUAUAUCAUUCAAUUGAAGGAUGGAUGUUAGGGACGCGGUUUCUCAACAAAAGACAACAGAGUUAUCGGCCUUAGUUUCCCUGGAGAAGCAUCUGCAGAAAGUUAUAAUCUAGCUUUGCAAAGUGGAGCAACAUGUCAUUCUUAGACAUAUCAUUUUCUUGCUCAUAGACUGAAAUGAAAAAGCGUGUUUCAAUUCUAGGCAUGCCGAAGAAAUCUUGAAGCCAUGUUGUCUGAGCAGGCGAAACUGAAGAGAAAUAGUCUCCAAAUCAUCAUGAGAGUGUUGUGCAUGAUGAUGGGUGAUGUAAAUGUGCUGCAGUUGAUCUUCAAUCUCUCUCUCGAAAUGAUAGGCUACUCUGAGUCGUUCAAGGAAGCUGGUAGUUCAUUGAGAAGAGUGUUGGCCAAAGGUGAACCAUCAUCAGUGAUUGGGGAUGAACCAUCACCUGUUGAUUUCCAACAAGAGGACAAGAGUGAACCAACAGUGGUUGAAGAGAACAAGAGUGAUCCACAAGAGGACAAGAGUGAACCUCCAGUACUUGAAGAGGACAAGAGUGAACCACCAGUGGUUGAAGAUGAAAGAGACUUUGUUUAUGAUGACUGGACUAUGGCUCCCGAAACUGUCAACAACACAAAUGGAGAUAGCCAAAUGGGUGGCCAGCCAGGUGAAACAGGGGAUGGGGGUGAAGAUCCUGUUGAGGAUGGUGAUGAUGAAGGGGGCUCUGAAACUGAGAGUGAACAUGCUGUUGACAAUGGUGAUGAUGAAGGGGGUUAUGAGUCUGAGAAUGAAGAUGUUGUUGAUGAAGGAGGUUCCAAGAUAAAGGGUCAACAUGUAGGAGCUGAAGGUGAACAUGUAGAUGAUGAUUUAUAUGAUGAUGACUACAUGGUGGAGGUUGGUGAUGAGGAUUAUACUGAGAAUGCAGAAGAGUUCAAUCUUUUCAGAGAAGGGCAUAAAAGCUAUGGUGAUUCAGAAGAACUACACACAGAAUCUGACAGUGAAAAUGGGGGUGGGGAGAGAUAUCCUUCAUUUGAUGCAAAACUGGACAUAGGUAAAGGCAAAUUCAAGGUGGGAAUGCUGUUUAAGAAUGUGGAUGGUUUAAAAUGGCAGUGAGGGAAUUUGGAGUUAGGUAUAGAUGGAAGAUCAUAUUACCAACAAACUGCAGAACUAAGGUUUUGGCAAAGUGCUCUAAUGGAUGUGGGUUUAGAAUCUUUGCUUCUAAAUUUCACCCCAAGGACCCACAUGACCCUACUUUUCAGAUUAAGAGUGGCUGUUUUGAGCACAAGUGCAAGAAAGUUCAUGAGAAUUA